ACUCUGGAAUCGUGUAAUAAACAUUAGUGUCAGUGGGAUGUAGUGUUAUAAUUACAAAAUAGUUAUAAACUAUGAUUAAGAAAUAAAAUUAAAAGUGAAUCUCAAACUAAAAACAAGUGAAUGACAAUUAAGUGAUAGACGGUGAUAGAUAAAUAAUAACUUUUUAUGUACCCGCAAUACUACGAAGUAUAUUAUAAACCCGUAAUUCGCACUCUUCGUAGAAUCAUCGUUGGUCUAGUCAGUCACGAUGCAAGUUGUAAGCGACUGAUCUGAGUUCGAUUCCAAGUGGUCCACGUAAGACUUUUUGUAUGGAAACAUAAUAUUGUGCUUAUCAAGAACAUCAUAUUGUUGUAUACUACUUGAAAAUAUUAUAUUAAACCAGAAGUAUCUAUAACUCGUAACAUAGGUGCUCUCAUUUGGAAAUAACUUGCGUAUCGAUACCAACAAAAAACAAAGAUGCCGCUUAACCGAUCACCGCCAUCUACACCACAUAAUACUGUUACACAAAAUAUUUCACCGAGUAGUUUAGUUCAAACAGAAACCGUAAUGGAUAGCGGCGAUAAGGAAUACCUAAAUAUAACACAACGAAAUAAAAAACGCCAAAGAUUCGAAUCAAAACCCCAAUCAAAGCAGAACACUGACAACUAUCAAUUUCAGAAUUUUAUGUCUGAAAUGAAAUCUAUGUUUAAUUUAUUUAAAACACAACAAGAUAAAAGCAUAGAAAAAAUUUACGAGGUCGUAGAACAGAUUAAGAACCAAAACGACAGUAUCCAAUCAUCCAUAAAUUUUUUAUCUGAAAAAUACGACGCACUUAAUAAACAAAUUGUUAAUUUAGAAACUGAAACACGAAAUAACCUAAUAUAUAUACAAGAACUAGAAAAUAAACUCGAAAAAAACGAACAAAAUAUUAGAGCUCCCUGUGUGGAAAUAAGAAAUAUACCUGGUCGUGAGAAGGAGACUAAAGACGAUCUUUUAAGUAUUUUAUGGAAAAUUACUGACACGCUGAAUGUGCCGGUUGAAAACCAUGAGAUAAAAGAUAUUUUUCGCAUAAGUACUAAGAAAAAUCCAUCUAAAAAAACUAUUAUUGUAGAGUUUACCACCAACCUCAAAAAAGAAAAAUUUAUUAGAAUGUAUAAAAAACACAAUAAAGGAAAUAAUAAGCUUGGUACGGUUAACGUAGGUAUGAGUGGACCAGACAUGCCAAUAUUUAUUUCGGAAAAUCUUACAGCCAAAAAGAAGAGAGUUUUUUACCUGUCUAGGGAUUUUGCUAAAUGUAAUGACUAUCGCUACUGUUGGGUAUCAAACGGAAAAAUAUUCAUUAGGAAAAAUGAUGGAUCCCCACAACACUUAAUUAAUGAAGAAGCAGAUCUUAGAAAAUUAAAUAUAACAAUAUGACAAUUGUAUGUCCAAUGUUUUUGUAAGAUAAUUAAUCGAUUCUUGUUUUUAUGCAACGAGGAAAUAUUGUUACUAUUAAUUGUUUCGUUAUCCUUAUUUUCGU